AUGACUAAUCGAUUUAGUGCAAAAUUAUUUACAAAAUUACAAACAUUACGAACAAAUCGAUAUUUUUCAUAUGAAACAUUUCAACAUAUUCAAAGAUUAAAAUUAAGAGCUUUACAACCUGUUCGUUUCACUUCAACUUCUUCUAAAGUAUCUUAUUACUUUCAUGAAAGUUCAAAAGUAUCACAACUAAUGGAGUCAACUUCGACGAUCGAUGAUAUCUUCUCUGAAGAUAAUAGAAUUGCAGUUCAGAACAAAUCAAUUAAAGCAUUGAUUCAUUCUCUUAUUGUUUACAGAUUAUGCUCUUUUCAAUGGUUAGUGAAUCGUGCUCCAGGAUUAAUUUCAUUUGGCGAAAAAGCAGGCCUUUCAGCACCUAUUUAUUGGAUAAUAAAACAUACCUUUUUCGCUCAAUUUUGUGGUGGAGAAACUGCCAAAGAAUGUAUAGACACUAUGUCUCAAUUAAAAACGCAUGGGAUUGGGUUGAUACUUGAUUUAUCAAUUGAGGCAGAUAUAAAUGAAAAUGGAUCUUCAUCUCUUAAUGAAAGUCGUAAUAACGAAGCAGAUCACGUUUACAGAGCGAUGGCUAAAUGUAUAACGACCGCUGCAUCACAUCCAAAUAAUUUUGUGGCAUUAAAGUUAACUGGUUUAUCUAACCCAACAAUUUUGCGAAACUGGACUUUGACUUUAAAUUCUUUAUCCAAAUCAUUUGAUAAAUUUGAUAUAAAUAAAGAUGGCAAAUUAGAAAAGUCUGAUUUCCUUAAAUUCGUUUACGAAUUAUUCGGCAAUGAUAAGGCAUAUGUUGCCAGAAUAUUUGAUCAUGCCGAUGUAAACAAAGAUGGUUUGAUUGAUAAGGUUGAAUUUAUUAAUAUGCUUUCUUUAGAUAAUAAAUCUUCUCGAUCUUUAUUGGUUUGUAAUGAAGAACUUUGCGAAAUUGCUCGAAAAAAGAAUGUUCAAUUAAUGAUUGACGCAGAACAAACUUAUUUUCAACCGGCUAUAGAUGAUGUAGCCAUGAAAUUAUCCACAAAGUAUAACAAAUCUGAUAACAAAAAUGGUCCAAUUAUUUUCAACACGUAUCAAAUGUAUUUAAAAGACUCAACCGAAAGGUUGAUCCAAAAUUAUAAUUUGUCAAAUCGGAAACAAUUUGUAUUUGCGGCAAAAAUAGUGCGUGGAGCUUAUAUGAUUAGCGAACGGAAGAGAGCUAAAGAAAUGGGAUAUCCUGAUCCAAUUCAUGACAAUAUCGAAAACACUCAUGCAGCUUAUGAUUGCGCUGUGGAAUUUCUAUUAAAUAAAUUAUCUGAAGCUCAGAGAACAUUAGAUAAGCCAUUAGAUAUUUCAAACAGUCCAGUAGUAUUUAUGGUUGCUUCCCAUAAUAAAAAAUCCAUAAUUAAGGCAUUACGACAGAUGAUGGAUCUUGACAUUUCAACCAAAUCUGGUUUAAUUUUGUUCGGACAAUUAUUAGGUAUGUGUGAUACUAUUACUUAUACGUUAGGAAAAUCAGAAUGUGGAGUUUACAAAUAUGUACCCUAUGGCAAGGUUAAUGAAAUUAUACCAUACUUAAUAAGAAGAGUUCAAGAAAAUUCUUCAAUUUUUGAAGGUGUAAAAGAAGAAGGUCAAUGUUUAUGGAGAGAGAUUAUAAAUCGUAUUUUUCACAUGCAAUCUUUAAUAUCAAAUUCCUAA